AUGAGCCACUUUGCACGCAGCAAUGCUGUACACUAUGCUGCCGCUCCGCCGCCAAGAAAACAGAUUUCUUCCCCACUUCCGGAGAUUCCUCGAAGAAUUUAUGAUCGAGGGCACGCCCACUCCCGCUCAUGGAAUCCUGGAGCACAACCAUCUCCACCUCCUCUACUAGAUCCAAAUCCAUAUCGACAAUUCUAUGAACCAGUAAUUCAAAAAAGAAGUACAGCACAAGAUGUAGUGGAUGAUUCAUAUGUUUUACAAGUAUCAAGUUCGAGACGGCUUGAAGUUCCGAUUAUUCAAGAGCCUCCAUCACCAACUCCCCUCAAUUCGGAACGUCGUCGAAGUCACGUAGUUCAGAGACAAGCAAAAUCAUUCGAAACGAAUCCAGUGGAGCGUCGUCAUCCAUUAGAUCACAGAUCAUACACUCUUCAAUCGGCAGUUGAAGCUCAAAGAGAAGAAGUUUCAGCUGCUUGUCAAUCAUUAUGGGCUGCCAAAGGACAUUUGGAGCAGCUGGAUGCACUUGGAAUAUCAGAACCAUCAUCUGUUUCAACAUCUUUUGAAUCAAAUACUGAUAGUCAAGCUACUGCGGAUACGGUAGAAAGACAAGCAAGUCAGGUGGCAAAAGCAAAAAGAUCAGUUUUCAAAAACAUCCUCCUCCAACGUCAAUUCUUAUCGACUGCAGCCGUUUCUAGUAUGGAAUCAAACAACUCAACUGAUGACAGUGAUCAAAGAUUCUCGAAUAGUUUCGAUAGUACAAGGAGUGAAUUAGAACGACGUCGAUUAUCACUUCUGAAUCAGGCUGAUGCCAACUCAUCGGAUGAAGCGUGUAGUAGUGUGCAGAGGAUAAACAAUAGAGAUUAUAGUGUCGACUUGAGAAGUGACUCACUAUUCCGUGAAUGGAGUCGUAUCGAUCCAGCUUAUGACCCAUUGGAUCGACGUCUUCAACGUGGUCAUACAGUUGAUCACUCUGUUAUGAAUCAACCUCGUCAUUUCCAACGCCAAUUCUCUCUCGCCACAUCUCCAAUCGCUCAAACUCCUUCACGCCGUCAACAGACAAUGGUCUCGUAUCGAAAUUGA